UUAACAUUUAGGCCCCCUAGUUAGAUUCUGGAAGAGUGCUGUGGAUCCCAGCAGUCAGGCUUCCAGUUCUGUGCCAUUUUCAUCUGUCUCGAUGAUUAUUAGUGUGGUGUCUGCUUAGUUUGAGGCCUAAAUGUCAGUUUCAUCAGUGGAUGGUCGCGAGUCGGCGUGUACGCUUUUUGGGAGAGUACGGUACUUCUUCAAGGUUCAAGCCUUGUAAAAAAUUUACUGUAGCCUAGGCCUACUCUACUCACAUUCUUCUUGGUUUCUUUUUACUGUAGACCUCAGGCUCAAUACAGCAUUGCUCCAAAGCUGCAGCCAGAGUCUCCAGAGACUGGCACAACAAAGAUAAUGAUGGCAAAGUAUUUCAGAGCCAGAGAGUUACAACUGUUAUGUUUUCUCAUUUUUGCUUCACUCAACCUUUCCACAGGAGAUAUUCAGGAAGCUUCUGUUUUCAAGCAUGAAGAUGGCACCUUCUCUGUCAGUCCAGGCAUCGACAAAACAGGAGUCGCCUACGGGUCUUACAAUAACACCCUUUUCCAGACAGGAUGGGGAGAACUGCACCUGUUUGCGGGGUACUCGACCGGAAACAAGGCCCACUCUGACCUUGAUAGAAUGUAUGCAGCAGGCAUCUUGGAAGGUGCUCUGACAGCCAAGCAGAUUUCCCAGAACCUACAGAACAUAAAUUCAACCUUCUUCAGUCCUGAUGGUAACCCUGAGCUCUGGGCAGGGGUUGUAGAUUUCUUUACAACACAAGAUACCUGGAUGAGGGAGAUGAUUAAAGAGAGGGCCAAUGAUGACCCAUUCUGGGAGGGUGUGGCUCUCGUCCUUUCCCAGUUCGAUGGCCUGAUUAUGGGGUAUAAGAUGAGUGGCUUCUCCAAUGCUACAUCAGAAGACGGUUUCCUCGCCAUGCAAGUCCUGAACUCCUGUGGAGAUCUCAUAGACCUCAAGAAUGCUGUCAUGCCAUCUCUCAUUCCAGAUUGGGACAAGCUCACCAAGGAAGAGAUCCUGAGGUUUGUCAGCACUUCUGGACAUUGUUCUGCCCUUAUCAAGGUACUGCCAGCGUUUGAGGAUGUCUUCAUGUCUCAUUCCAGCUGGUUCACAUACAGCGCUACCCUCAGGAUCUACAAACAUUAUCAUUUUAAGCUUGACUUUGAAGGAAAUGCCGCUGAGGUGACUUCAUUCUCCAGCUAUCCAGGCUUCUUGGAAUCUUUGGAUGAUUUUUACAUCAUGAGCAGUGGACUGUCAAUGUUGCAAACCACAAACAACGUCUUCAACAAGACACUCUACAAAUUUGUCCAACCUCAGUCACUGUUGGCAUGGCAACGGGUGCGGGUCGCCAACAUGAUGGCGAGAAGUGGAAAGCAGUGGGCAGAUAUUGUAGCCAGAUACAACUCAGGAACCUACAACAAUCAGUACAUGAUCAUCGACAGAACCAAGAUCAAACCGAAGAUUGCCAUCUUGGAUGAUGCAUUGUGGGUAGUGGAACAGGUUCCGACACUUGUAGCCUCAGGAGACCAAACCAACAUUUUAAGAGCAGGUUACUGGCCAUCUUACAAUGUUCCAUUCUAUGAAGAGAUCUAUAACAUCAGUGGUUACCCAGAGCAAGUUAAGAAGGUUGGAUCAGACAUGACGUACCAGCUUGCUCCUCGAGCCAAGAUAUUCAGGAGAGAUCAAGGGAAGGUCACUGACAUGGAGUCUUUCAAGAAAAUUAUGAGAUUCAAUGAUUACAAGAAUGACCCGUACUCAGAGGGUGACCCAUCCAAAUCAAUCUGUAUGCGAGGUGACCUCAUGACUGAUCCUAUUCCUGAUGGUUGCUAUGAUACCAAGGUGACCAAUCUAGAAAUGGCGGCCAAGCAGACUAGUUACGUCAUCAAUGGGCCAACCCGCGGUGAUGGUAGCCUGCCACCGUUCAAGUGGGCCGCCCCGUUCACAAGCUGGUCUCAUGUCGGACUUCCUACGCUGUAUGAUUUCAGUUUUGUAGAAAUGUGUCCUAAAGAGCUUUAGGAAUGUGUGAUGAGAUAUUGGUGAAUUUACCGUCCAUGGUUUUGUUUCUGGAGACUGGUUAUCUUUGUUUUUCACGAAGGUGUGUGGGGAUAAAAGCGGGGGGGGGAGUGAGAUGGGGAGAAUGGAAUGAGUAGUGGUGGUGGUGGGGGCAGCUUCUUUCAUCGUUUGAUCUCGCAUUGAUUGGGAGGGGGUUGGGGAGGGAAAGGGUAAAGAAUGUAAUGAAUGGGAUGUGGUAGCUCAGAUGGGUGGGGGUAGCAUUUCUAUUAUUUUAAUAUCAACUGUGAGGGGAUAGGGAGGGGAGUAAAGGUGGAGGGACAGCUUCUAUAAACAUGUGUGUGACAUUGAAGGAGAGGGGUGGGGAGAAGGGGUACAAAUGGUGUGCAAAAAGGGUAAUGAAUGGGAUGUGGUAGCUUUAUAUUGUUUUUAUAUCAUUAGGGAGGGGAGUAAAGGUGGAGGGACAGCUUCUAUAAGCAAGUGUGUCACAUUGAAGGGGAGGGGUGGAGUGAAGGGGUACAAAUGGUGUGCAAAAAGGGUAAUGAAUGGGAUGUGGUAGCUUUAUAUUGUUUUUAUAUCAUUAGGGAGGGGAGUAAAGGUGGAGGGACAGCUUCUAUAAGCAAGUGUGUCACAUUGAAGGAGAGGGGUGGGGAGAAGGGGUACAAAUGGUGUGCAAAAAGGG